ACAGGAGAAUACUGGACUCAGUCACUAAGAAGGGGGAAGCGGCGUGCUACGAGUUCCUCAGGAUUAUUGACGUGAUGAGGAAGAGGACCUUAGGGAGGACAUCCCUUCUCCCUGAGACAAAGAGUUCAGCUUCUACUGAGACCAAGAAGUUUGACCUGCAUAACUGGAUCAGCUGCUUUUCUUUCAAGGACGACACACAGAUGGAUAUAAACUGCUUACAAGGCUCAGGGCCGUGCCUCAGAUAUCAGGCGAAGUUAAAGUCAAAAGCACAAAAAAUAUCAAAUGAGUUUUGGAAGGCAAACAAAAAUCUGUUUGAAAGAAACAACAAGCCUGAUCUGUCGUACGCUUCACUCGUGUUAGACACACAAGAAAGUGUUUCUCCAUCUAAAAUAAAGAAGCUGAAGAGCAAGAAGAGCAAGAUGAGUCGCCCUAAAAAGCUGAGGACAUACAUCCCUGAGGACAGACCAGACAUUUCCCCCAGUGAGCUGCUGAAGACAGAUAAAAACAUCCUCUUGGUUGGUAAGCCUGGAAUUGGAAAGACAGCACUCACUCACGAAAUGUUGAAACUUUGGGCAGAAAGAGACAACAAGGAGCUCGACUACAUGUUCUACUUUGACAUGAGAGAAACAUCCCACAUCAUGAUGGCCAAGAGCCUGGAGGAUCUUCUUUUCAGUGUGAUCAGUGAGCCAGAUGAAGGCAAAGAAGAGGUCUUACAGGACAUAAAGAAGAACUCUGACAACGUUACACUCAUUUUUGAUGGAAUCACAGAUCUCUCUUCAUCAGUGGUGAAGAGGGUUGUAGAGAAGGACCUACUACCUGAUGCCAAGAUCAUCAUUACAUGCAGACCAGAUGAUGCAGAAGACCUCCUUUCUGGGGACUUCCUCAGAGUGGAAGUGAAAGGCUUUAGUGAGCAGACCAUAAAAACAUACUUCCCUGCAACUCUAGGAGAAGAACAGGAGAAGGUUUUGAGCAACCUGGAGUUGUUAACUCUUUGCCAUGUCCCAGUGUAUGCACUGAUGGUGGCUGUCUGCUUUUCAUCAGAGACACCAGAAGACUCUCCACAGCCAUGCACUGUAACUGAAAUCUACAUCAAUAUUGUUCGUCAUUGCCUUCAAACAAUCAGCAAGAAAACAAAAACCAAAGAUCUAAAUUCAUUCAUCAACAACAAGAGUGAAGAAAUUCUGUCUCUGGCCGAGUUUGCUUUUAAAGCCACUGAAGGAAAAACUGUGAUCUUGAGAGAACUGCCUGUGAAGACAGCUGCGUCCUCUCCUUCCUGAAACCUCUUGUUAUCAAAGUGGCCCCCACUGAGACAAUCACCACUCAUGCAUUUCUCCAUUACACAAUGCAGGAGUUUUUUGCAGCACUGUGGCUGCUGAAGAAUCCAGAUAAGAUCGGGGAUGUUUUUCAGCAGAGCCUCACUGAGGAGAAGAAACACAUGAAACAUCUGAUCCCUUUCAUGUGUCGACUGCUGACUGACAAGAGACCUAGUUUGAUGAAGCAUCUGAUUCCAGCUCAGGAGCUCAAGAACACGUCUGACUGGUUCUUCGAGGAACUGAUAACCACAUUUUUAGAGGCUGACACAGAGGACAGUGGACUUGAUGUGGACAUACUGUUCUUAUGUCAGUGCUUGUAUGAGUCCCAGUGUCCUGAAGCGAGCAUCAGCUUCCUGGAGAAACUGGACUACGCUCUUGAUCUCAGUGGAGAGAGUCUCGAGCCUUACCUUUGCUCUGCUGUGGCCUACGUGGUCACUCAGUCGAAGGAGAGGAAAAUAUGGCUGAACCUGGAGGACGUCAUGGUGUCAGAGCAAGGAAUGAGACGACUGUUAGGAUGCCUUCAAAAUGUCCAGUGGUGUGGUCCUCUGCCACGGCAGCUGUGGGAGAUUUUCCUUCUCAGUGAAGACAGAUGGCAGAUGAACCACAUCAGCUUACUCAGCCUGGAUGGAAAUCAGUUGCACCUUCCAGUUGAGGGUAAAAGACGGCUGUUUGAAAGAGCAGUAAAAGUCAUGCAGAAGAUCACUAAACAGCUUAAUAUCUGCCUCCACUGGGACAGGAAAACUCCUGCCUGCCAAAGUCUGUGCGAGUCUCUCUUAGAGGCUUUGCCUA